UCCAUCCCUGGCAGCCCGGCAAAACUGCGUCUCUUGUGAAAUUGGAAAAAAAUUUUUGAAUUCGACUGGAUUUGAGUCUUGUGAGCGAAUGAAAAUAUGUCAUCAAUUGAUAAGCUGUCCAUUCAGGGUGUGCGUAGCUUUGGAUCCAAUGCCGAAGAUCUGCAGAGUCUAACAUUUUCGUCGCCUGUAACGCUGAUUUUGGGCGAGAAUGGGUGUGGAAAGACCACAGUAAUAGAGUGCAUCAAGUAUGCUCUGACGGGCGAGUGCCCGCCUGGCAGUGACAGAGGAAAGAGCUUUGUGCACGACCCAAAGAUCUUUGGGAUGAAUGAAUCCUUGGCCCAAAUCAAGAUGCAGAUUCGGGACAAAUGCGGUGCCCGUGUCUCCAUCUGUCGCACCAUGAAAGUCUCCAGCAAGCGUGGCAAGGUCUCGUUUGAGACUAUGGACUCCACAAUCAACUUUCUAACCGAUGCGGGGCAUGUAAAAAGUGAGAACCAGGACUCGUUGAGCGGACGCACCAUGGACAUUGAUUUGGCCAUCUCUGACUUCAUGGGCGUGUCGAAGGCUAUCAUAAACAACGUGCUAUUCUGCCACCAAGAAGACUCCAGUUGGCCGCUGGACGAGGCCAAGAAAUUAAAAGAGAAGUUCGAUGCCAUCUUUGGCAUUACCGAGUACAACAAAGCGCUGGACAAGACCAUUAAGAUGCGGAAGGAAGCCAUGGAUGAGCUCAAGUUGAUGGAGACCGGGAUGAAGCAUGUGGCAUAUCUAAAGCAAGAGAUGGAAGUAAAAACUCUGGGCCUGCAGAAGGCUCAGCAAAAAUGUGAGUCUAUUAAAGCGCAGUGCAGUGCCUGCGAGGAGGAGAUGAAACCCAUUGAGACUAGGCUGCGAGAAAUCCUAGACAUUGAAAAUGAGAUUGGAAAACAUCAGGCGCAAAAGGUGGAAAUGGACACCAAGCACAAGAACUGCAAGGAGCAAAUUUCAACCAUUUCCAGGAAAAUCAAGACCCAUUUUAAAGGUUCUUUGGUUGAAUUGGAUCUAGAGAUUGGCAACUUUGAUCAGCGAAUGUCUGAAAUGAGGCACAAGCGCUCCGAGACGGAGGAGCAAUUGUCCAAGUUGAAAAAAUCCCACGCCGAAAUGCAUCAGACACAGACCGCGCAGGACAAGAAAUGUUGCCUGGCCAAGCAGCGGCACCAGAACGAGCAGGCGUGCAAGACACAGCUGGUGAAGCGGGUCAAGGAUUUCUGCAGUGAAUUGCAAAUUUCCGUACCGGGUGAUCUGAUGGCAGAGCCCGAGAAUCUGGUUGAUUUACUGCACGACAUCGAGGAGGUGAUCAUGAGCAAGCUCUGUGAGAUCACGGAAGUCUCCAAUCACAACGAUAGCGCUGAUAAGGCCAGGCAGUCAAAGAUCGACGAGCUGCGCAUUGAUUUGACCAAGUCGGAGCAAGGCGUCACAGCGCAAGAAAAGCAAAAGGAGGCCAGCAAACGGGAGAGUGAGACACUGGAGGUCAAAGUGCAGCAAAUUGAAACCAACAUGCACGAGUUGAAGCUGCUGGAGAAGCAGAUAGCCGACGCCGAUGCCAUCUACGAGCGCACAUCGAAAAACUUCAAUCAGGAGAAUUUCCGGGAAAUCAUAGGCGGCAAGAAGACCAGCAUAGCCCAGAAGCAGGCCCUCUUCAAGAAACUGGAUGAGCAACUGACGUUCCUGGGAUCCAUGGCCAAGCUGGUGGCCGAAAUGAAUCUGAAGGAAAAGGAGCUGGAGAAGAAGAACCAGGAGAUCCAUCGCGUGCGCAGUCGUCAUUCGGAUAAUUUUGGCAAGUUCUUCAAGGAGCCCAUCUCCAGCAAUUAUCGCCGCUCCCUGCAAGGUGCCUACGACAAGGUGCGCCGCGAGAUCCAAGAUCUCAACGAGCAAGCCAAUGCGCAGAAACUCAGGGAGCAAUCGUAUGAGAUAAAGCGCAAGAAUCUUAUGGCGGACAUUGCGCGAAUGGAAAAGGAGUUGAAGGAGGGCGAGGAGCUCAUAUUCCAAAAGUGUCGCUCCACACCAUACGAUGAGCUGCUGGAUCGCAGCAAGCUGGCCAUUUCCAAGCUGCAGCUCGAGCACGGUGCCCAUAAAUCCGCAGAAGCUCUGUACAAGAAAUAUAUACAAAAGAUUGAUGAAGAGCCGUGCUGUCCCCUAUGUCAUCACAAUAUGUCGGGCGAUGAGGCCUGCGAUCUAACCACCGAGCUGUCCGAUGAAAUCCAAAAGUUGCCCGACAACAUAAGUAGGUCGGAAAAGGCGCUGAAGGCCGAGCAGCUGAAGUACGAGAGCUUGCUGCAAAUCAAACCCAGCAUUCUAAAGGUGAGUGAGCUCAAAGAGAUCUUGCCCAAGAAGAAGGAAGAGCUGUCCGAAAUUGAGAUCCUGCUGGGAGAGAGUGUCAGCGAAUAUGAGACGCUGAUUGCCCUGAUUGGAGAGCCCACCCAAAACAUGGACCUUGCCAAUUCGAUGCUGGGCGAUAUGACGCUGCUCGAUGAAGCCCUCAAGGAUUCUGUGCGGGUUAAGAAGGAUCUGGAUCAGCUUAAGAGCAAACUACCAGACUCGUAUGAUUCGAGUGUGUCCAUGGAUGCUCUGCAAGCGGAGAAGAGCCGGGUGUCCAAGGACUUGGAGACAGAACGCAAAGAGUUGGAAAGCACUCAGCAUACCUUCGAGCAGCACGUUGACGCUCUCAAUCGUUUGCGUGAGGUGAAAAAUGGACUAAAAGAUAAACAACUAAAGCUGCAGGAGGGCCUGCAGAGCUUGCCACAGUUGAAGGAGAGGCAGACUGAGCUGACUCAACGGCUCGUCACCAUAACCACAGAAAUAAGCGAGCUGAAGGCAAAGAUUCAACCGCUCAAGCAAAAGCUAAGGGCUGCCAUAGACGAGAAGGAGCGCCUAAAAGAAGCCGAACGUACAAAGUUGAGUCAGCUAAAUGCUAAAUAUAAUUCCUACAAAAGUACGGAUCAGGACAUACAAAGGUUGCACAAAGAAGCUCAGGCCUUUGCCAAAUUGGACCUUCAGAAUGAGAUCGGUAAACUCGAGGACUCUAUAAGGGCCACCAAAGAACAGCUGAAACAAUUGGAAGCUGAAAUCAAUGCGAAAACGGUGCAUCUGGAAAGCGUUAAGACCGAGUGCCUAAAUCAGCAGACCGUUGAGCGCGAUCUGAGAGACAAUCGCGAGCUCAUGCAGCUGCAGGAUAAGGAAACACAGCUGAGAGAAAGCUGCGAGACUCUGGCCAAGAAGUUGGGCAAUUUGGACUUGCGAAAAGUGUACAGGGAGAAAGUUGAUUUGACCAAGAGACGGGAUGCAGGCACUGUGCGCAAGGGCGAGCUGCUGGGCCAGCUGGGUGAGAUCCAAAGUCAGGUGGAGCGACUGCAGAGGGAGAUCGAUGAGCCGCGCUUCAGGGAGGCGGUUAAGAAUUUCAGAAAAGGCAAUUUCGAUAUGUUUAUCACGCGUUGCAGCAUUGAAGACUUGGCCCAUCAUCGAUUUGCCUUGGAAUGGUCCCUCAUACAGUUCCAUGCGGAGAAGAUGGAGAAGAUCAACCGAUUAAUCCGAGAGUACUGGCGUAUGAUCUAUCGCGGCAACGACAUCGACUACAUACAGGUGAAGACGGACGAGGUCAACACUGAUGUAUCUGCUAAUUGUCGCAAGACCUACAACUAUCGCGUCGUUCAGUCCAAGAACAACACAGAGAUCGAAAUGCGUGGCCGCUGCAGCGCCGGCCAGCGUGUGCUGGCCUCUCUCAUCAUCCGCAUGGCUCUGGCCGAGACUUUCAGCAGUAAUUGUGGUGUCUUGGCGCUGGACGAGCCAACCACUAACCUGGAUCGCGUCAACAUCACAUCGCUGUGCGAUGCCCUCAACCUGAUUGUGGAGGAGCGUCAGUCGCAAUCCAACUUCAUGCUAAUCAUCAUCACCCACGAUGAGAACUUCAUCAACUCGUUGUGCAAGAUCACCAACUAUCAUCGUGUCUUCCGCAACGAUGAGUGCAAAUCGGUUAUACGCAAAGUGCAGAUCGGUUGAAUGUUGUUCCUCAAAGAUUCUUUUUAAUAUGUCUCUUUAAUAUGUCAAUAAAUUAUUUAUAUGUACUUCCGUGUUGGAGGUGGAACUUUCAACUAAUCAACUCGGUUCAAAAACUAAACCCAAAAAAAAAAAAAUAAUAUUUAAGAUGCCAAUAAAUACUGUGCUUGAAGCCUGU